UGCAAGAAAACACAGACUGUAAACACGAUUAUACACGUCGUGUAUUUUUGUUUUGCUUUGACGUUCUAAAUAGGGCGCAAUUUUAUAAUAUUUUCAAAAUAAACGCGCGACCUUUGGUGGAAAUUAUUCGAUAAAAAGCUUUAUGUGUUAAUUAUUAAGUGAGUGUCCAGUGACUUUCUGAGUAAAAAUAUAUAUUGAAAAAUGCCUGAAAUUGAAACAAUUUUAAAACAAGCUGCUAUGCAAGUUGGAGCUGGAGGUAGUGCUGGAUUUAUUGAAGUAUGCAUUAUGCAUCCACUGGAUCUCGUAAAAACAAGGUUGCAGUUGCAAUCUACAACGACAAAAAUUCAUCACUCUGACCCACAUUAUUACCGAGGGAUAAUAGACUGUAUGAAGAAAAUGCAACAACAUGAGGGGUUAUUAUCAUUCUGGAAGGGAAUAUUACCACCAAUUCUAGCAGAAACUCCAAAACGAGCUGUGAAGUUUCUUACCUUUGAACAAUAUAAACGGUUUUUUAUGUUUGGCUCACCGACUCCAACACCUUUAACAUUUGCAUUAGCCGGCUUAGGAGCAGGUAUCACUGAAGCGGUGUUAGUGAACCCGUUUGAAGUAGUCAAAGUGACUCUACAGUCAAAUAAGCAACUGGCUACACAAAGCCCCAGCACUUGGGCAGUGACAAGGGAGAUAGUAAGAGAAAGUGGACUCGGCUUUAGAGGGCUUAAUAAAGGAUUAACGGCGACGAUAGCCAGAAAUGGAAUCUUCAACAUGGUCUACUUCGGCUUUUAUCACAGCGUGAAAGGAUACUUGCCAGAAUACCAGGAUCCACUUCUCGAGUUUGGGCGGAAAGUCUUAAUAGGAUUUACGUCGGGCGUCCUAGGUUCGUGUGUGAAUAUACCUUUUGAUGUUGCCAAGAGUCGAAUCCAAGGUCCCCAACCUGUGCCUGGAGUGAUCAAAUAUAGUUCGACCAGUGGUGCAAUUAGUCUCGUCUAUAAGGAGGAAGGUUUUCGAGCUUUGUACAAAGGAUUGUUGCCGAAAGUACUUCGGUUGGGCCCUGGUGGUGCAAUAAUGUUGGUUGUGUAUGACUAUGUCUAUCACUUCUUAGAAAAUAAGUUUGACAGUAAGCCAAAUAUUUAACAGUUUGUAAUAUAUCAUUAAUGUUUGUAAAUAAACAACUUUGGAAAAUACCAAUUGCCACAUACACAAAAACGGAAAAAUUGUUUUUUUUUAUAAGUGUUGAUCGUAUAGAAAGUAUAUAUUUUUAUUACUAAUCGUGAAAAUGUGCUGUGAUAGAUUAACGAUAGGUAUGUAUUAAGGUACCUAAAUUACCGUCAGCUGGUAUGAGUCGAUAAUAAAUAAUAAUAUAGGAAU